GGCCCGCGGAAAUGGGCGAGCAUAAUCUUCUUAAUCCCGGGUUUGUGGGACCUUUGGUAAACAUCCACACUGGAGACACUUUUUACUUUCCGAAUUUCAGAGCCUCGGGGGGACAACUGGCGGGGCUGCCAUCUCUCCCCUACCCGAGAAGGGACAAUGUUUGCUCCCUCCCGUGGAACCCAUCGGAGCCGUGCAAUGGAUACUCUCAAUCCUACUUUAGCAGCCCCGUAUCUAUUAACCCUUCUUUCAACCGGUCGUGUGAAAUUACUCGACCGGAGGAGGGUAAAUGUUAUUAUAGCAACGGCAGCGCAAGCAGCAGAGAGAACUGUUCCGGGGGUGGCGGGAGCAGCCUAAAACGAGAGGAUAGAGUGAGGGACACAUCAUCAUCCAUAACAUCUGAUCACGGUAUGCACACUGGCAUGGGCAGCAACAACAGUGGUGCCUUUUCCAAGUAUGAUUAUGGGACCGAGCAACUCACUCAAGACCCGCAGUCCUGCCUAUCUCUGGAAUCCGAUUCCAACUCCUCGCCUCUCAAUGAGGGCAGCAAACCGUCCUCCAGCGACCCUCAGACCCUGGUGUCACCGGGAAACCACACCGUCCACUCGGGCAACAUAGCUGCAGGCGGAGGUGGGUCCCAUUCUCAUUCAUCCAGACACUGUUAUAUGAUAUUAGCAAUCCCAAAGAUGCUUGUUAAUUAUCAAAUGAAUCGUACUAGUUCAGCAUAGGCAGGGAUUUGUUGUAGGCUAAGAAUUCGUUAUCAUGAUGCUCAUCACAUUGUUUUGAUUUUUGCCUGCAGGCGACUUGACAUGCGUGUUGUACAAACGCUUCUAGGGGUUGCUAUACAAUGUUACAUCAUGCUACAAGUGUUUGUGUACUGUUAUUGAUAGAACCAACUAGGAGUCUAUAGACCGCAGACCAUUUUAGGCCACGGUCUCACGUCUUACUGCCACUGCAUGUGUCUCAGAGUCAGAGAUAAAUAAUUCUGAAUAACCUUAUCCAUGUGAAUGUAUCAGUUCGGUCUAUUUGGAUCAGAUAGCUUGUUAGAACAUGUCUAUUACGCACAGAUUACGCACACAAAUGAGUGCAGUGAUUUAAAGAGGUAAUGCGCUGUGGAUGACUGCAUCGAAUAGAGAGGGAUUUCGUUUUAAUGACUCGUAAACGGAAUUAAUAUAUGUCGCUGUGUACUAUAAGGAGUCGUUUAAUAUGGCUGGAAACUGGUAAAUAAGUAGGGGUAUUUGCAAGGAAACAUUUAUGCCUAAUUAUCGCGUUAAUGUAGAUUUAACUGCAUCAGGAAAACUGCAUGUGACACAAACUACUGUAAAUUAGUGGUCCCUUUGACUUAAUGUACAAACACGAAAAGAAGGAAACAGACAAUUCCAGCUGCUGCUUCUGAACAAACAUGCCCCAUGUCAUUGAAUGAGAUUCAGACUGAGUCUAAGGUCUACAUAGACUGCAGACCAAAACAAGUCAAGUGUAACACAACACGUUGUGUGUAUGUGCACAGCACAGGAAGUCACAUUGUAAGGAGAGUAUAGCCUCGCCUUGGAGGUGACGGUGAGCUUAAAUUGUAGCCCUAACUGUUGUGACUUAUCCAUCCGUUGUAUGCCCCCUCCAGGUGCCCCGUGGUACCCGAUGCACAGCCGGACCCGAAAGAAACGCAAGCCCUACUCCAAGCUCCAACUGGCCGAACUGGAGGGCGAGUUCAUGCUGAAUGAGUUCAUCACCAGACAGCGGCGGAGGGAGCUCUCUGACCGCCUCAACCUCAGCGACCAACAGGUUAAAAUCUGGUUCCAGAACCGGCGUAUGAAGAAGAAGAGACUGAUGAUGAGGGAGCAAGCUUUGUCCUUCUUUUAGAUUUAGUAGAGAGGCAGCAGCAUACGGAGACUCGAUUGAUAGGCAGUAUUUAUCCUGUCUGCAAUUGCUAUAAAUGCAUGCAAGCACCUAGCCUAAAUCUCCAUCACACAGGAGGUACAAAAUGUUCAGGAAACUGUUUAAGGUGUAGGCCCCAAAGAAAACGAUCAAGUGAUACUGCUGCCAUAACUUAGAAUCUCUGCAGAGUUAUGCCAGAUAGUACUGCCUGUAUAGUGUUAUGGUAAAACACUUAUACGGACGUUUAUAAACUGUGAGAUGAUAUUCUUGCGUCCCCCGCCGGAUAGGCCUAAAGGAUGGAAUUAGUGCAUGGUGUCCUAGACUCUAGUAAGUUCCCAAGCCCUUAAAAAUGAAUAAUUUAUUCUGAUAAAUGACUUAUAACCGCGUAAUAAUCCUUAUUAGUCAUAUGGCCAGUAAAUAUGAAUUUGAAAACUAAAUGAACUAAAUGAAAAGCAAUAUAGCCUAAUAAAUAAAUGAGGCCAGAUUGAGAGAUGAACCUGUAAUCAGGCCAAUUCUCCAAUGUAGGCCUAAAUGAAUCCCCUUUAGGCGCAUUCAUUGUCACUGACAGUGAGGACAUUUCCAGUUGUUUAAUAUCUCCCAAAGUUCACGUGUAAUUGAUGCAGAACACAAUACCCUUAUCUACUUUUCGUAGUCUCCACCACGUGUUUGGGCACAUGUUUGGUCACGUUCACUGUCACCGGCACCGAUUCAGACUCCAAGCCGCACAAAAUCCAUGCCAACCUCUUUAUGGCUGCAGCGCAUUUAACUAUUAUUUGCCAUGAAUUCGUUCAUGUGCUGACAACCUUUUCGAGAUAUUUUCAUAUUUUUUUCAUUGCCUCUCUCCUCAUCUCCCCCCUCUGAGCCAACCGCCUCUGAAUAACUUUAGCGUUCACUCUUAGAAAAAAAGGAUCCAUAAGGGUUAUUCGGCUGUCUCCAUAGCAUAGGGGACUGAAAAAGUCUAAACGAUCCUUGGGACGUCCCAACUCUGACGUCACCCCGUUGAAGUCGACAUUUAAAAACGGUUAAGGUAAGGUUUAAGGUUAUAGUUAGGGUUAGGUAAGGGUUAUGAUUGAGGUAAGGUUAAGGGUUAACCUUUUACUGCAGUGGGCU